AAAGUGUGACCAAUAGAAACAGGAAACGAAGGAGUCCCGCCACAUCCGGCAGUGCCCCUGGCGCCUGCGCUCUGUGCCUAGUGAUGUCCGGUGAGGUCCAAGAUGGCGGCGCCAAGCUGAUCCUGCUGCAGGUGACAGAAGUGCCACCUCUGCCCCCUGACGUCCCUCGGAAUCCCCGCGCUGCUCCUGGCCUCCGCGGCCAUGUCUGGGCCCGGCAACAAACGCACUGCUGGCGAUGGGGGCUCCGGGCCCCCAGAAAAGAAGUUGAGCCGCGAAGAGAAGACCACAACCACCCUUAUAGAGCCCAUUCGUCUUGGGGGCAUCUCUUCCACGGAGGAGAUGGACCUGAAGGUUCUGCAGUUUAAGAACAAGAAACUAGCAGAGCGGUUGGAACAGCGACAGGCUUGUGAAGAUGAACUCCGAGAACGAAUUGAGAAGCUGGAAAAGCGGCAGGCCACAGAUGACGCCACACUCCUCAUUGUCAAUCGCUACUGGGCCCAGCUGGAUGAAACUGUGGAAGCUCUUCUCCGACACCAUGAGAACCAGGGGGAGCUGUCUUCAGGGACAGAGGUGCCUGGUAUCCAGGAGGGGCCGACACGUGAUGAGACUCCUCUCUCAGAGCCAGGGACAUCGGAACUGAGGGAGACCCUGCCAAUGAAGCUGCGGCCCCCACUCAGUGAGCCAGCCUUGGCUUUUGUGGUGGCACUGGGUGCCAGCAGUAGUGAGGAGGUGGAGCUGCAGCUGCAGGACCGUAUGGAGUUCUCCAAGGCGGCAGUAUCCCGUGUUGUAGAAGCCUCAGACCGCCUGCAGCGCCGGGUGGAGGAGCUCUGUCAGCGAGUGUACAGCCGAGGGGACAGUGACCCCCCUGGUGAGGUGGCUCGGGCACGGACCCGGGAGCUGGGCCGUGAGAACCGGCGACUACAGGACUUGGCCACCCAGCUGCAGGAGAAACACCACCGAAUCUCGUUGGAGUACUCUGAGCUUCAGGAUAAAGUGACAUCAGCAGAGACCAAAGUACUAGAGAUGGAGACAACAGUAGAGGACCUGCAGUGGGACAUUGAGAAACUGCGCAAGCGUGAGCAAAAGCUCAAUAAGCAUCUGGCAGAGGCCUUGGAGCAGCUCAACUCUGGCUACUAUGUGUCUGGGAGCUCCUCAGGUUUCCAGGGGGGCCAGAUCACACUCAGCAUGCAGAAGUUUGAGAUGCUGAAUGCAGAGUUGGAGGAAAACCAGGAAUUGGCCAACAGCCGCAUGGCAGAGCUGGAGAAGCUACAGGCUGAACUUCAGGGUGCUGUGCGGACCAAUGAGCGCCUCAAGGUGGCCCUGCGGAGCCUUCCUGAGGAAGUGGUACGAGAAACAGGGGAGUACCGAAUGCUGCAGGCCCAGUUCUCACUGCUCUACAAUGAGUCUCUACAAGUGAAGACCCAGUUGGAUGAGGCCCGGGGUCUGCUGCUGGCCACCAAGAACUCCCACCUGAGACACAUAGAGCAUAUGGAGAGCGAUGAGCUUGGGCUACAGAAGAAGCUGCGCACAGAGGUUAUCCAGCUGGAGGACACGCUGGCCCAGGUACGCAAGGAGUACGAAAUGCUGCGCAUCGAGUUUGAACAGAAUCUGGCGGCCAACGAGCAGGCGGGGCCCAUCAACCGUGAGAUGCGCCACCUCAUCAGCAGCCUCCAAAAUCACAACCACCAGCUAAAGGGUGAUGCCCAGCGAUACAAGCGGAAACUGCGGGAAGUGCAGGCUGAGAUUGGCAAGCUCCGGGCCCAGGCCAGUGGCUCUACUCACUCCAUCCCUAACCUGGGCCACCCAGAUGACUCUGGCCUCAGUGCCCCAGCCCCAGGGAAAGAAGAGGGUGGGCCAGGCCCUGUCAUUGUCCCCGAUGGCAGAAAGGAGAUGGCUUCAGUGCCUAGUGCCAUCAUAACUACCUCCUCUGUGAAGAAGGAGGAACUGGUCCCCUCUGAGGAAGAUGCCCAGGCCCUAACUCCUGGGUCCCAGGGCCCCUCCUCCCGGGGCCGAGAACCUGAGGCCAGGCCCAAGCGAGAACUUCGGGAGCGGGAAGGGCCUGCCCUGGGACCCCCACCUAUAGCCUCAGCCCUCUCGAGGGCUGAUCGGGAGAAGGCUAAGGUGGAAGAGGCCAAGAGAAAGGAGUCAGAACUCCUCAAAGGUCUUCGGGCAGAGCUCAAGAAAGCCCAGGAAAGCCAGAAGGAGAUGAAGCUGUUGCUGGACAUGUACAAGUCAGCGCCCAAGGAACAGCGGGAUAAGGUGCAGCUCAUGGCAGCUGAACGCAAGGCCAAGGCCGAGGUUGAUGAGCUACGGAGUCGCAUCCGAGACUUGGAAGAGAGGGAUCGAAGGGAGAGCAAGAAGAUCGCGGAUGAGGAUGCCCUGCGGCGCAUUCGGCAGGCAGAGGAGCAAAUAGAACACCUGCAGCGCAAGUUGGGUGCCACCAAGCAGGAGGAGGAGGCCUUGCUCUCGGAGAUGGAUGUGACAGGUCAGGCUUUUGAGGACAUGCAGGAACAGAAUGGGCGGUUGCUACAACAGUUAAGGGAAAAGGACGAUGCCAACUUUAAGCUGAUGUCAGAGCGGAUCAAGGCCAACCAGAUUCACAAGCUGCUGCGGGAGGAGAAGGAUGAGCUGGGCGAGCAGGUUCUUGGCCUCAAGUCCCAGGUGGAUGCCCAGCUGCUGACAGUGCAGAAGCUGGAGGAGAAAGAGCGGGCCCUGCAGGGCAGCCUUGGGGGUGUGGAGAAGGAGCUGACGUUGCGCAGCCAGGCCCUGGAGCUCAAUAAGAGGAAGGCUGUGGAAGCGGCCCAGCUGGCCGAAGAUCUGAAGGUACAGCUGGAGCACGUGCAGACACGGCUGCGAGAGAUCCAGCCUUGCCUGGCAGAGAGCCGGGCUGCUCGAGAGAAAGAGAGCUUCAACCUCAAGAGGGCUCAGGAGGACAUCUCACGGCUGCGGCGCAAGCUAGAGAAGCAGAGGAAGGUAGAGGUUUAUGCAGAUGCCGACGAAAUCCUCCAGGAGGAAAUCAAGGAGUACAAGGCGCGGUUGACCUGCCCCUGCUGUAACACCCGCAAGAAGGAUGCAGUCCUUACCAAGUGCUUCCACGUUUUCUGCUUCGAGUGUGUGCGGGGCCGCUAUGAGGCCCGCCAGAGGAAGUGUCCCAAGUGCAACUCAGCCUUUGGUGCUCACGACUUCCACCGUGUCUACAUCAGCUGAACCCGUAACUCAGGGGACUUUGGAACAUCCGUGGACCCUGUGGGCCCAGUCCCUCUGCACCUAGUUGGUUUGUAGGCCCCAGCGCACACUAGUGGGAGUGAGGUCAGCCAAGCUCCAUUCUACCUUUCCCCCACAGUCACAGCUGCGGCCCAGGGGGCACCUGCCCUGCAGGAAGGUCUGCUAUGAGACACCUCAGGGGUCCAGAGCAUCUAACUGGGCUCCCUGGAAGCUGACCCCAGCUCUUUUCCAACUAUCUCCACGGGCCCAUCCUAGCUCUAAGGGGGGUAUUUUCCCAGGCUGUGACCUCUUACGAAAGAGGGGACUCAGUACCUACUUAAUAUACCCACAAGUGAGGAUCAGAGAUGGGCCAGCCCGUUGCUCUGAGACUGGGCCCUCGAGCCCAGGGAGACUUUCUUUACAUCCUGCACCCCUCCCCUCACCCUGGGCCUGGGCAGGGCUUCUGUCCUGUGGAGUUCUGUGAGCUCUUUGGUCUGGCUCUUGUGAUAAGGGCUGAAGGAGAUACCCCUUAUCAAGGCAGGGUGGGGCACUAUUCUCUUCCUCUGGGAAGCUCAGUGGUUGCUACAGUCACCUUGUCCUGUUGAGAGUGCUGAAUCAAGAGCAUCAGUUUCUAUUCUAAUCAGGCCUUCCCAAUCUCUACUUUCUCAAGCUCACUUACCCCACCAUGCUUCCCAAGAUCCAAUGGGCCCCCUGACCUUGCUUUCAUCCUGGUGGCCUUAACUUCAUUGGAAGCAGAACUUCCCAGGAGGGGAAGGGACAGAGUAGCUGCUGGGCCAACUUCCGAUCAUUCCAGUAGAAGAGUUUCAUCUAACCCUGUGACUGAGCCUGUACACAUGAUGCUUCCUGUGCUACCUGCCCAAGCAAACUCUGGGCUGUGAAGGCAGCAGGCUGGGCCUGGAAGGUGGAGCCACUGAUAGGUGCAAGGGCCCAUUCAGACCCUGCUCUAGAGAUGUCUUGUAUAGGCUGUAUGUUAUGAAUAAACGGCCAGUCCUCAGCCUA